CAUUGCUCCUGAGUUGAAAAAUUUGAUUGAGAAAGCGGGGUUUGAAGAUGUCACUGAAAAGGUAUAUCUGGUACCACUGGGGCCAUGGCCAAAGGAUCAGAAAUUGAAGGAGCUCGGAAAAUGGGUUUUUGUUUCGACUCAAGAAGCCGUUGAAGCUUAUGGUCUCCGCCUAUACACACAAGUCCUAGGCUGGUCUCCUAACCCUGCCCGGAUCCAUUUUGCGCUUGUGAAAGCGCAGCUCGGAGAUCCGUCCAUACAUGCCUACACGAAGCUGUACGUUGUUUAUGGGAGAAAGCCCAGUCCAAAGCAUACCGCCUAA